GCUCCUUUACAUACAGCCAGCCCCUGUAACCUCCAGGUAUGCAGAUGCCCCUUUUGUAGGCAUCGCGGCAGACACAAAGGAACUCGCUUCACUUUUUUUUCCUCCUAUUUUUAAGGUGACCGCCUUCAACCACGCGCCGUCCGCCGCUGGCCAGCCCGUGUGGCUGACGACAGUGAACAUCGCUCUCAGCUUGGAUAUUUGCUGUGUGUAUUUCACCGACAGCGACCAGUACAGGCUUUAAAUGCACUACUGAUAAGUUUCUAAUCUUAUUGAUGGUCGUUGCGUCAACGGAGGGGAGUCUGAGCUUCCAAAUUGGCCGCGAGCGAGCUGAUCUCUUAAUGGACCGCUGAAUUGUUAAAUGACACAGCGAUGAAUGUUGCGAUCUCUCUCCCGUGAUACAAGAUAGCUUAUCUGGAGCCGCAGCAGCUGCAUGUCUGUCGCUUUUAUGCAUAGCCUUUGCAGGGUCAAGAUGCAGUUUCGGACUGUGCUGGACGUGAAAGUCGUGGACGUGGAGAAGAGGCGCAAUCCGUCUAAACACUACGUGUAUCUCAUCAAUGUCACCUACUCUGACAACACCUCCCACAUCAUCUACAGAAGAUACAGCAAAUUCUUUGACCUACAGAUGCAGAUACUUGACAAGUUCCCAAUUGAGGGAGGGCAGAAAGACCCAAAGAAGAGGAUCAUCCCAUUUCUCCCAGGCAAAAUCCUGUUCCGGAGGAGUCAUGUGCGAGACGUGGCCAUGAAGCGGCUGCGUUUCAUCGACGACUACUGCAGGGCGCUGGUGCGACUCCCCCCUCAGAUCUCUCAGAGUGAGGAGGUGCUGCGCUUCUUUGAGACAAAAGCAGAGGACGUCAACCCCCCAGUGGAGGACUAUGGCUCAAAGCGCAAGUCCGUAUGGAUGUACGGCUUUACAGACAGCCCGAGGAAAGAGGCCUCAGGGAUUGACAGCUCGGAGCCCAUGGUGCUGGAGCAGUACGUGGCCGUGGCCAACUACGAGAGGCAGGAGAACUCGGAGAUCAGCCUCAAGGCCGGCGAGACGGUGGACGUGAUUGAGAAGAGCGAAAGCGGUUGGUGGUUUGUCAGCACAGCAGAGGAGCAGGGCUGGGUGCCGGCCACAUACCUGGACUCCCAGAAUGUUACCCGAGACGAUUUGGAUCUGGGCACUUCCAGGACUGGAGAAGUAACUAAGAGACGCAAGGCACAUCUGAAGAGGCUGGACCGCCGCUGGACCCUCGGGGGUAUAGUCAACCGCCAGCAGAGCAGAGAGGAGAAAUACAUGACCAUACAGCCACACACCAGUCAAGGGAAGGAUGAAGUCAGCUUUGAGAAAGGGGUCACCGUGGAGGUCAUCCAAAAGAACUUGGAGGGCUGGUGGUACAUCAGAUACUUAGGCAAAGAGGGCUGGGCUCCUGCCUCCUACUUGAAAAAGGUGAAAGAAGACUUCUCACCCCGCAAGAAGACCCUGACAGGCCCUGUAGAGAUCAUCGGCAACAUAAUGGAGAUCAGCAACCUGUUGCAAAAGAAGUCGGUCAGCGAGAAGGACAUCCAGACAGAUGGAGAGGGUAGCACUACUCCAGAGCGCCACAUCUCAAAGAGCGAGAUCAGCCUGCCCAUGCCCUAUAAUGCUGAAAUCAACGCUGAGACGGGCAGGAGGCUGAGCGCAGGCCGUGACACCAACAGCCCAUGUCUGGGAAUAGCAGCGAGUGCGGCCCUAAAUGAAAAUAAAGCGAGGGGCGAGCCAGGGUCCCCAGCUGUUGCGAGAGUGGCGCCGCAUAGAGUGGAAAUCGGCUUUGAUGCGAUAGGGUCUCCAAACCUCAGACAAAAACCUCCCCCACGAAGAGAACCUAACUUGGGAUUCCAGUUACCUAAGCCACCAGAGCCCCCUGCUGUGGAAGCAGAGUAUUACACUAUAGCAGAUUUCCAGUCCUCCAUCUCUGAUGGCAUCAGUUUCCGUGGAGGACAAAAGGCUGAUGUGAUAGAGAAGAACCCUGGAGGCUGGUGGUAUGUGCAGAUUGGAGAGAAGGAGGGCUGGGCCCCCUGCUCCUACAUCGACAAGCGCAAGAAGCCCAACCUCAGCCGUCGGACCAGCACCCUGACCCGGCCCAAAGUCCCACCCCCAGCUCCGCCUGUCAAGAAACCAGAAUCUGAGGAGGCUCCUCCUCCUGCUAACUCUGCCUCGAAAGUCUCGGAGCCGCCAAGCAGGCCUGUGUACGAGGAACCUGAAUACGAUGUUCCUGCAAUUGGAUGUGAAGGUGAAUCGGACACAGAUUCCCUGAAGGAUGAGCGCUCCCUGGAUGUAAAGAUCAGCAGCGUGGUCGGCGACAAGUACCGCAGCUCUCCUCCUUCCUGCAAGGCCUCUCCUCCUGUCUGCAAGGCGUCCCCUGUGUUCACUCACCGAAGAGCGUCCUUCAGGUCCGUAGAGGAGGUCGCAAAAGAGGAGUGUAUCUAUGAGAACGACGGCUUCAGGCCAAGCAGCAGUGUUGAAAGAACUUCAGUCAAAGGUUCUAGUGUGCCGAAUUCCCCACGGAGCUACCAUUCCUCCACAGUCCCACGCAAACCCUCCGGAUCCUCUCCUCUAGCUGGUAGACCCAUGAAGACCAUGACGCCUGAGUUGAACCGGAGAAGCCAGACCCUGGGCCGACACAUAGAUAUCAGCCUCAGGUCUCAGGACAACAGCCCCCACUCUUCAUCAGAUGAAUUGAGCAGAGGCCCAAAGAAAGGCCCUGUCUUCAGCCGGGAUGUGGAGCAAAGAAUAGGCCAGAGCCCCUCCACCAGGCCCAAGCCUUCUGUCAGACCUAAACCUCUCCUGACCAAAUCCGAACCCCAGAGUCCCGAGAGGAUGGACAUCAGCUCUUUGAGAAGGCAGCUGAGGCCUACAAGUCAGUUUCGGCCUCAUGGCCUCAAAGCUACUCGUGGGGAUGACUCGGAAACAGCCUCGGUCAUCUCAUCAGAGGACUCCAUGUGUUCGCGCAGCACCUCAGAUCUCUCUUCUGUUUACUCCAAAGGGAGCCGUGGUGACUCAGACGUGGAAGGCCCCAGCCUCUACCGCUCCCUGGAUGCCUAUAAGAAGGUCCAGGACUCUGAGAUCAGCUUUCCAGCCGGGGUGGAGGUCGAGGUUCUGGAGAAGCAGGAGAGUGGUUGGUGGUACAUCCGUUGGGUAUCCGAAGAGGGCUGGGCUCCCUCGUACUACCUGGAACCCGUCAGACAAGUGGCCGAUGUAGGUGGAUUAGAACUAGAUGGACACAGGAGUGGAGGCAGUAAGUCCAACAGCCUGGAGAAAAACGAGCAGCAGGUUUUGGCCCUCAACAACAUCAAUAUUCAGGGUCUGAGCCAGCAGCAUCAGAGCUUGAGAAGGAACACUCCACCAAUUCCUUCAAAGCCUCCUGGUGGCUUCUCGAAGCCGUCUGGGAUGGUCAAUGGAGGAGUUCGGAUGAGGAACGGGGUACGCCAGGUGGCAGUGAGGCCUCAGUCUGUAUUUGUGACCACAACACAGCCAGCCAAGGAUGGACACUACAUGACCGGGUCUCUGAGGCGAAAUGACUCCCUUGGCAGAAGUGAUCACUACAGUUCCGGUUCUGCAACUCUUGGCGUCCGCCGAAAUGCCUCCUUCAGCACUGUGCGGCCACAUGUAGUCGUCGAGAGUCAGACGAGGCCUGCGGAGCGCUCCAGCCUGGGCUCCUCAGGGAGCGCCUUCAGCACAAGCAAUGUCCAGGACGCCCUUAGCAGAGUUAACCAACGCAACGGCAUUCCAGUGUCCACCGUUCGACCCAAGCCUAUAGAGAAGAGCCAACUGAUCCACAAUAACCUUGGCAGGGAUGUGUACGUGUCCAUCGCUGACUAUCGUGGCGAUGAGGAAACAAUGGGUUUCACUGAGGGCACCUGUCUGGAGGUGUUGGAAAGAAACCCCAAUGGAUGGUGGUACUGCCAGGUGCAGGACAGCCUGCUUCCCCGCAAGGGCUGGGUCCCCUCCAACUACCUAGAGCGGAAAAAAUAAACCCCCCACAUCCUCCCCCUCCCCCCUUCCCUCCCCUUUUGAUGUCUCCAAGGACGUCGGUGGCAUCGCUCUUUAAGAAUGUUACCUGCAAUCUCCCGUAAGCAAUAUGUCCUUGAAAAUGUACAUUUUAUGACGUCGUGUAAAAAGAAAGAUGUUUUAAUCUGAUAAGGAAGGACACUUUUAGUGCUGGUUUACUAAAAUGUAUACAAAGAGGAGUGUAAAGAUUUUAAAUAUUUUGGCUGGGAACGAGAGACAGACGUGGGAUUGAUCAUCCUUGAGAGAGGAAUUUUGAAGAGGACAGUGUCUUUGUGAUAUAAAAUGGUAUGAAUGGGAGAGAUAACCUCUUAAAGAGGUUUGCAACAUGUAAUACAGAAGUUGAGCAGGGUAAUGGUUAUGCUUAUUCCUGCCCAUCACUGACUCUGAUGGCCGAUAAGUGCCUUUUGUAUUUGAUCACCUGAAUGGAGGUCCAAAAUGGUGGAUGGCAAAAUAUGAAAUCAACCAAAUCUUUUCAGUGCCAUAGGCCUAUGAACACCACCAAUAGUAUUUCUAUUACCAGUUAAGAGCUCUCCUAUAGAGUGCAAAGUUUAGAUCCAGAGUGCUCUAAUUGGUCCAACACAGAUUAAAGAGAAAAUGCAGGUGACUCAGUCACCAGAGAAUUUAUUUGUUUAAUGCCACAAGUCAUCGAGCAAACUAAAACAACAUUUUAAUCGCGUUAUCAAUAUUUUUAUUUAGUUUCAUUGUCCAUGUUUAAAUGUCUUGUGUUGAUGCAAGUCUUCCUUAGAGAAUUGUUUCUGCUUUCUUGUGACAUCUGUUUUCCACCGACAGCCAAGAAUUGGAAAAGUUAAAGCUCCUGCCUGACACAUGCAAAAUAUGUAGUUGGUGUUCAUGUUUUACGAUUUGGAAUCUUUUUUUUUUUUUACAGAAGCCCUAAAAUAUAUUUAUACUUUUUAUCCCAAAUGUAACUAUCUUGGAUAGUAAAUAUAAAAACCUGUGAAACUUGAAAAUAACAGAUGUUUUCGUUUUCUGGAAAGUCAAAGGAACAACGUAUAACUCCAGAACAAAACCACCUCAUAUCUGGGUAGCUAAUAAUCUCAAAAGAUGAAAACAAUUGGAAAGGUUUAGGUUUACUGUAGUGCUUUUAGUUCCAGGAACAGUUAAUUUUGUAUAUAUUUUUGUUUUGUAUACAUAUAAUAAUACCACUGUUGUGGAAAUGUAGUAAAUAAGUACUGGAAAUGCAGUGAAAUUAUUGAAUCCCAGGGACAUAUUUGCAAAGCAUGUAUCCCAAAAUGUGAUCAAACCAAAGAGAAAUGAGAAAUGUCUUUACAUUGGCUAUUUUUUUUGGUGAUUUAACUGUUUAUUUAUGGUACAAGUAAUACAAUGUAUUCAACAAAAUGCCUAAAACUUUUUUAAUUGGAGAAAAAAAUCAGUACCUGGAAGCACUUGAUAAUUUUUUCUCAAAGUUGUAGAUCUAUAAAACUAGAAGUAAACAAAUAACCUGUAAUAUUAGAUACUGCAGUGCAGUAUGGGUUUUGACAUUACAUAGAAGAAAACAUAGUGUACCUCUUCAAGUAUUUCUUGCAUCUUCCAAAUUACAGCUGAAUUCAAAUCAUAUAUUAAAAAGAUAAUAUAAAAAAGACUUAUCAUUCACACAAAAAAAUAUCAAGUUAGUAAUAAUUGUCCCCAAAUGCAGGAUUUGACAAAUUCAAAUGGCUGAUGUUCAAGACUGCUGAAAUACAUUUUCUAACGAGCGGUGUGAGCUCUCUGUGUGAGGCUGAACACAAACUAUUCAUUAUGUUUCUGCUGGACAGUAUCACAGUAUUAAACAAAGUACUUUACCUGCUAGAUCGCAGUUAUCUAUUUUAGCGAAACCAUAUUUGUUUUUUGUUUGUCCAUUUGUUACUCCGUGACAAUUUGAUCACACAGUGACAAUAAUGAGGAACGAAGUGGUUCUGUUUUGUGAAUUAGUGCACUUUAAACUUGUUUUUAUGGUGCAUUAAUGUAAAGAUGCAGUAAAUACUCAGCAUUUUAUUUAUUGAAAACAUUUUUGUAAUUAUUUAAUUUUUUUUAGAUUCUUUUUCUUUCUUGACCUUAAAUGAGAGGUGGGACUGUAAUGAGUCCUCUCCAUGACAGUGACCACCCCAAGUUUGACUAGAAUUGGAGCUACAGAGUCCUCUUGUGGGGGUCAAAGGUACUACAACAUGAUUUUUAUCCCAUCCGCAGGCUGAGCAGCCGUCCUACCUCAGUGCAAUAAGAAAUGCACUGCUGGUCAGUGAGUCUCACCAAAACCUGUACAGAUUUUUUUUUGUUAUUUUUCUGAAAUCUCAGUGCAGCUAAAAUAUUUUUUGUAGCACAUGUUUUGUAUUGGGCAAUUUUUUUUUUUUUUUGUAAAAAAAAAAAAAAAGGUUUCUUUUCUCUAUGCUGUGUUCUGCAACUUUAGCAAAUCAUGGGCACUUCCUUCAUCUUUAUUGUGCUUUACAUAAUGCCUGAUUUUAUGUAUAUUUAUUUUAAAUAGUUUUAUAUCUUACCACCGUUUGACAAUCACCUUAAUCCUACACCCAAAAUAUUAUUGUAAAGCAUUAUAAACAUCAUGCUUUUUACACAAAUUGGACUUUACUCAUGUUAAAAUGCAGACCAAGCAACAAAAAUAAUCCUAAUUUUGUCUCGUAUGUGAGGUAUUUGGAUUUAUUUUAGUAUAUGAAAAUUACAAAUAUAAUUUUUCUUCGGAUAAAUAAUAAAACUAAGAAUUAGGAUGUUGAUUUUUGCUGUCUAGCAAGAAGUCACCUUCCCAUCCAGACGAAGGCAUUAUGUAAAUGUGUUAAAUCACUUUGUACAUUCGCUCCAGCACAUAUUAUUAUUGCAUAUUGCUUCAUUGAUUGAGCUGAAUUUACUUGGCUGAAAUAGCAAGGGAAUCGUUGUGUGUCAAGCAAACAUUUAGCUGUGUAGCAUCUAUCUUUAUUCAUGAUUUUUUUUUCUUAUUUCUCUUUUUUUUUUUUGCCCUUUUUUGUCAAAUUCUGAAAUGUACCCGCGAGGAAAUGUGCAAUAGAUAAGAAACACAUCAUGCUUCAACAAGAGGAAAAAUAUUACAGGUUUUUGAAAAACGUGAACAAUGCCAUUUCAUCUGUUGGGAGUAGAUAUUCCCAGUCAAACUGCCAGUCAUGAGCUUUUGCCAUCAUUUCAAGUGUAUCAUUUUAAGUUCAUCUUAAAGAGUUGAUGUGAAAAGGCCCUGAAAGCAUUGGAAACUCAUUGGACCAAAGCAGUCGUAUGUGACAUCUCAUUAUCUCCUGACGUGAUGGACUUUUAUAAUGACUAGCAUGAGAAUCUCUGCUCCUCCAGCCCCGGAUCAGCAGGGGACAGUGAUUUGUGAAUGGCAUGGCAGAAACCCGCUGACCCAUUCUGUAUUAACAUUACAGCCAUCUGGGGUCUUCUUUACAGAGGGAGAGUCAUGGGCCCAUCAUCAGGGGCCUCAGUGGCCCUGCUCUGAGCUGUCACAUUCGUGCCUGAAUGGAAUUUUGAUAGUUUCUUGUUUUUGUGUUGUUGUUGUUUUCUUCUUGUUUUGUUUUCUUUUUUUGGAGUGUUCCCUCUCUGCACCUACGCAGAUGCCUCUCUUGACAUUUACCCCGACAUUGUCAAACCAAGUCAGACUUUUCCUCACCAAUCACCACGGCAAAGGUGACAUUUGGAGCGGUCGACGGGAGGGACUCUGCAGUAAACAAGAGAGCAGGGAGAUGAACGCCCCUUCAGGCCAUUUCACUUCAAUCCAUCAACUUCCAGGAUGUACGCCAAAAAUAGAAAAACCUUUAUUUUUCUCUUUGCUUCGCCCCAGGCAGGCCUUAUCCAUGUGCUACAGGUGAAUACGUCAUUGUGCUAAAGACUUCCUGAGUGUACCGGCCAAUAUGGAGUUCCCCUUUUAGUUGAGGGGGAAUGUAUCUGUAAACCUUUUUGCUGGGAGAGUACGGAGUUAAAAUCCACCUUGAAGAAAUUAUUGGAGAAAUACCCUGAUUUGCUUUCUUACUUAGCGUUAGACAAGGAGAGCGAUGCCACUCUCAUGAUGUUAAGACAUGUUGUUGAAUGCCCCUCCACUCAAAAAUGUGUUAUGUUACCUGGCUUUGAUCUUCAAUGUGCAGAGUAGAGAAGAAUGUUCGAAUGGCCAUCUGCUAAAGGGACAGUUCUCUGAGCUCACAUUAAAUUGGACUGAAUUUAAGCAUGAUUUUAGUGGCAUCACAAAUGAAAGGGGCUGUAAUUGAUGCUUUGGAGGCAGAAGUGACCAUUUUGGACGAGAAGGUGGUUCUGUGGGUGUUACACAGGUUACCGUCCUGAUGGGAGCAGGCUAUUUACUGAGAAGCAAAUUUUGGCAAGUGGAAAACAGAAAAAUGAUCAGCCAGUAAUGCUGAAUAAGAUAUUUUUAAAUGACCAAAAUUUUUAGCUAACUUUGAUGAACUGAAAGGCUCAAAGUUUGAAGGUGAAAACAUGGACACCACCCAAAAACAAGUUCACAGUUAUUUAAAUGUACACAGUACCAAGGAUACACACUGAUGCAUCUAUUCUGAUUGCCCUAAACAUUUAUUUUCUCUUUUACUCCAAAUGGAACCAUAAUUCACAAAAUAAACAUGUUGUAUUGAAGAAGAUUCGAAAGUAGCGAUUGGUGAUCAUAAACUCAUUCGGAAAAUGUUUACUGAGGUAAUAAGUCAUUUUCUAAUGGACUUCUAUACAACCUGAUUGUUUUUGCAACAAGAGGAGUCGCCCUCUGCUGGCCAUUAGGAAGAAUGCAGGUAUAAGGCACUCCUUCAUUGAGGUAUUCCCUUGUUAUCUCCUGGUUUAAGAUCAGUAUUUAGCACGAUGACAUGAGAGUGGUAUCUAACUCUCUGCAAGAAAGCGAAUGUGUAUUUCCCAAACUGUUACAGUUUUCUUUUUCAGUAAUAUCAGCUCGGCCUAUUUCAGCUACACCACUCUUAAAACCUGCGUGCAUCCACUCGGCAGAAUGGAAUUGGAAUUGACUGUGGCAAUAUUUUUGCAAUCCGUGUGCGCACAUGCCAACACAUGCUCAAUGAUGAUGAGGAGUCAUUCACGCCAGAGGAAACAUAUGAGUUUUCUCGACAUAUUCCCCGGAGGUCAGCCGGGUGAGACAGCUCCGCUACGCUGGCACGCUGUUUUUAUUCCUCGCUCUCUUUUUAUUUUAACAAAUGGACGGCACCUGUCAGGCGUGAAGCACCGUAAGCUCAGUAACCCCCAACGCUAGCUGCCUCCAUAGCAUAUUCCUCCUGGCUACACUUCCUUCCUGCUUCCCCACUUCUCUUUCUUUCUUUCUUCCGCACAUUUUCCAUCUUUCUCCUUCCUCGACACAGCUGAGCAGUCUAUUCCCGGUGAAAUGAUUGAGAUAUCUAGGAGGGUUUGGGUGGUGGUGGGGGUGUGUGUGUGUGUUUUUGCAUGAUGAGAUGGAUUGUUUGCAGGUGCACUCAGGAGAAGAGAAUUGGGAGGUCAAGGAGGAGAUUUGUGAGAGCAGUAUGCAGGGAGACACAAGAUGGAUCAGAUAGUGGAUUCUAGUAGAAAGGCUGAGAGCGAGGUGAGAGGAGCUCUGCUUUGAUAGGAGGGAGAUGAAAGGCUGUUGGGCACUCUGAAAACUAUGAAAAAUAAUUCCUUCCAACAGGGAGCCCAUUUUAUCUAACUCCUCUACCCACCUUCAUCAAACCCCAAAAUCUAAUGAGCUCUCUGCUUCUGAACCUGAGCUGUGAUCUCAUUACUCCAAACAAUGUUUUAAUUGCAGCACUUGAUGUUUUUGAAGCUGCUUUGCAAGGAGUCAGAAACGAGUUCACACUACAGAAGCUUCUCUCAGUCUCACUCCAUCCAUAGAAUAACUUUUAAAAACUGAUCUGAUUGUAGCUUCUUUUACUGUCAGAGUCUUCAGAUCUUAUGUAGCCCUGAGGGUGUGAGAGUUGAGCUUGGUGUUGAAAAAGUUUUUUUUUUUUUCUGGAAUAAGACAAAAAAAAAUGGCUUCAAAUGUUGGAUUCCUUGUCUCUUUUUUGCCUUAUUCCUCAGUGUUUUUGUUGAGAAAAUAAUUGAAUGUUUUAAAAGUGGUAACACAGGACUUGAAGUGAUUGUUCACGUCUAAUGAAAUGAAUGGGAAAAAAGGGCUUCAAAAGUCACCCAGCUCUGAAAGGCAGUGAUUUCUGAGUUGACAAAGGCAGUUGUUUGAGAGACGGAGGGGUAGGUUUGAUAAGAAAGUUUCAGUAAGUGUGUGGGAGCAUGUUUGAGGUAUUUAGGGAAAUGAUUUUGUAGGUUUUUUAAUUAAUAUGUAGUUUUUGUUUGAGUGAGAGAGAAGAAAGAAAAGAAUAAGCGAAGCUGGAGGGCUUGUGGUAAGAAAAGAAAAAAAUCCCAAGCCUGUGAAUCAGGGAAUGCUGAUUAUUUACGUCGUUCAGAAAACUUCCUCACAGAAUCGCAGUUGUUUGACGCGCCAGCGGGCAUCAGCGGGAGCUGUCUCCCCGCUGCAGCAAAGCGGCUGUGUCGAGGAAUGAGGCACGCAGCUGUGUCUCUGUGGCACAUUUCUUUGUCUCUGUUUGAAUCCCUGUUUCUAAUUAGCACAACAGUGUGUCUUAAUUAACCUUUGCCAGUCAGACGAUACUCCAGCGCUAACAGCGUCCUAAUCAAGAACACUGCGGCCUGCUGCCAUCCUGCACGGGAGCCUCUGCUGCCGGUCGGAGCUCAGCCAUAUUUCUGCGAGCUUUGGAGGCGAGCUGUCAAAAAUGAUUGAUGCUGACUUACAGCUGAGGUAGAUUUAUGAGAAGGUGGAGCCUGUUUGGAGCCUGGAUGUUGCAUUUAUAGAAUAGAAUUUGUCACCACCCUGCUGUGGAGAGCAGCGUGCCAAAAACACAAACUUGGAAGCCCGAUGCCAUCAAGCUCCUGAUCUAUAAAUUCUGACAAAAAACAAUCCGUUACCAGCAUGUCAACCACUCUAACAAACACAAUAACAACUACAGGCCUCGAGUUGGACCAAAGGAGGUGCUAUUCUUUUAUUUUCUCCUUUUUUUUUUUCUUUUUUAUUACCAUUGUUGUUAUGCAAAUUGUGUUUAACUCUUGCAAGCUCUUUGUUUUCAAAAGAUAUGCCAUGAGGAGACUUAGGAGGAUUUCUUCCACUGUAAAUGUCAACAAAUCAUCCAUUGGGGAGUCAUCUGCCCACCAAAUCAUACAUGGUGACAAGGCCACACACUUAUCUGUUCAAGGUGUCAUACACCAGUGCACUAGGACAAAAUACAACGAGACAAAUAGUGUCCAAAUUGGAGACAUUCUGCACAUGUGCAUUCCUUUUGAAAACAGGGCAUUUUCUUAUCUACCGUUUCAUUUUGACAAGUCUUGUUCUUUUUUUUGUAUCUUGUACAUGUUUACAUUGUAUCUCGCAUUGCCCAAAAGAGAAACAAUAUUAAAUGUAUUAUCUUUGUUGUUUUAAA